AUGUCGUUACACAUAUACAUAGCUCACAGUGGUGAGCAGAUGCUGGCAGACCCAGUCUCUUUUGCUUCGCCAGAUGCACUGCGCUCAUGGAUAUCUCGGCAUACGCAAAUCCCCGUACAGCGGCAGAUAUUGAUGACUGCAAAGGGGAAGAGUGUUAAGACUCAGAGCCUGGCUACAGAGAACGAGAUCUUUGUAUACGACAGGCAGAACGUGAGCGAACAGGCAAGCAACAGCACACCAGAAGAACCGUCACCGCCGUUAUUCAAGUCGCAAGACCCUCCCGAUGUCCUAGCAGACCGAAACAGCCUCCAGUCAUGGAAGGAUCUCUUCAUGGCCCGCCGGUCAUGGGCCCUCAAUCUGGCCGCGCAUUGCAACAGCAUGGCCAAGUCGGUCGACGAUUACCAUAUACGGAUAGAGGUUAUUCAGCGUGGCGUUGCUGUGGCCCUUGAGAACCUGAAAGCUCACGUCGGAAACUUGGAGCACAAGUUUCAGGAUACACACCAUUGGGCCAAUGAUCUUGUAAAAGAUCAGCGGUCUGCACUCAAAGACUGGCAGCAAGCUUACAGCACCCUUGGUGAGAUUCCUGCUAAGAGUGAUUUCACAUUUCUGCGACGGACGGCACAAAAGAAGUCAAAGGAACAUCGUACGGGGACGCUACAGGACUAUAUCGAAGCGGAAGAAUUACACAAUGCCGUAUCAGACGUUACUUCGCAAUCCCAACGCUUUGCCCGACGUGUUGGUGACCUUGAGAAAGAAGUCCGUGACAUUUCUUCCCAAGCAGGCUCAUUAGGCAAUGCUACGUCUAACAGUUCUGCCGACACUGUGGAACAGGCGCUCCUGGGAGAAAUUGAAAAACAUGCCAAGAAGAUCACUGCGGAUUACACAUCCGUAUUGUCUCUACCAAAUGACCCUGGAUCAAUAUCAAGUGCUUCUAAAGUAGCUCUGGUGCACACGAAAAAGAUCCUUCCAAAGAUGAGGGACUUGAGUCUCAGCUUGCGAGACACGCUAAAUGCUGCCGCCAAGGGCCUUCACACGGCAAUGAAGGAUUCGUCAGGACAAAUGCAAAAGAUAUCGUCUAUAGAGCUGCGGUUAGCAAAGGUGCAGGCCGAUAUAGCAGAAUUACAGGUUGAAACCGAUGCAUUUGACGUGCUGUGCCUUGUUUACCAUCUGCCAUCUAUCUAUGGUUCCAUCCUGAUUGAAUCGGCUCGCCGCUAUGAAUGGACCGACAAGAUAAAAACUGACUCUAGGGAUAUUGCGGAGGAACUAGCUAUUUUCCGUGAUGAGGAGCAGCGCAGAAGGAGAAAAUGGGCAAAGCGCAUGGGUGAUUUUCUUAAUUUAGCAGAUGACAAUGCUCCCUCUGUCGAAGUUAACAUGCAGACUGCAAAGGAUACUAGCUGGCCAGAGGUCUCUCGGACAGAUAUUGAGGAGUACAUCGAUCUGAUUAGGAAGAAAGUGGAUAUGGAUGACGCCGUUCAGGAAUUGACGCAACUCUUUAAAGAACUGGAUACCCCUAGCAGACAACAAAGACGGAGAACCAAAGCUUUCAAACAGGGAAGUCUAUUUGAAAUGGGUCGUAGCUCGUUCCUGUUACGCGACAAUGAUGUUGUUCGCAGCCUUCAGGAGGAAAAGUCCAAGAUUGAGGAGAGAUUGAAAGGCUCAGAAAGUCGUGUCCGGAGGUUAGAAGAUCUUCUCCAUCGCCAGAGCCAUAUUUCUCGCCCUGUCAGUGGGCAAUUUGGACCAGAUAUACCUACGUCUCCCGCCUCCCCGCGGCUGGAGAAUGCCCGUCUCGAAAACGCAUCUAGAAGGUCUUCCAUGUCCUCCAGGCGCAUGUCGUCAAAUCAACCUCAAGAUGACAAGGCAUUGAUACAGCGUAUUGUUGCGUUGGAAGCCGAGCUCGCUGUUGAACGUGAUGCAAUAACUAAAAUGCAGCGAGAAACUAGCCUUGAGCGCCAGUCCAACGUCGACAAAAUCGAGGAAGCUGAGCUUACCAAAAAGGAUCUGAUGAGAAAUCUCGAAGCUAAGCAACGUGAAUUUGAAGAAGAGCGGAGAUUUUUGGAGUCAGAAAGCUCCAAAUUCAAAUCUAGGAUUGACGAGCUUGAAGACGAACUGGAUAGGGUUCUGGACUCUCAUGACCAUGAAAGACACGAGUUUGAUGAAAAGAUUGACUCACUUUACAAGGAACUUGAAACAGUCAGAGGGAAAGACAAAGAGGACGCCACUAUGCAAGCCCGCCUUUCCGAGUUGGCCGACCAAAAGAAGGAACUCGAAGAGCAGCUUCAAUCAACCCACAAGGAGCAAAAAGAUCUAGUACAAGGCUUGCAAUCCGCUUAUCAUAAUGCUUCCAACUCUACGCCGCCGAAUAACAUAAGAGAACUCGUUGAUGCCCUUUGUGUUGUUGUUGAAGGCUUAGCUAUCCAUUCGAAGGGCUCUGAUGAAGCCUUAGCACGACUUGGAGAGGAAAAUGACGAGAUGAGCCAAAAAGUUGCUCAGUCCGAACAAGAAGCGAAGUCUGCAAGAGAAAUUCUCGAGUCAGAGAAAGCAAACAUACCCGGCCUUGAGAAUAAGCUCAAAGAUGCCAGUAUUGAGCUUGAGAAAGCAAAUGAAAGACUAAAGACGGAACAAGAUAAGGUGGAAUCGCUGAAGUCCGAGUUGGACUCUGAGAAGAACAAAACGCAGGCAUCCGAUAAGCGUGUUAUGGAAGCAGAACGACAGGUCCUCGAGCUAAAUGAUCAAAUAAAGCGCAUGGAAGAAGACAAAAACUCAAUUUCAGCAGAACUCUCGGAAUGGAAACAGAGAGCUGAAGAUGUCCACACAGAUGGCAAGGCCUCCAGCUCGUGGUUCGAUGCUAGAGGUACUCGUGCUGGCGAUAUGUCAGUAAAAGUCCAUAUACUUGUGGAACAACUGUCUCGCAUCUUAGAGGAGCUCGGGUUUACGAUUGUCUCCCAAAACAAUUCGUUGACAAUUCAGCGAACAUCCAGGGUAAUGAAUGGUCUUUCUGUGGGGGAGAGCAUGUCGUCUUCAACCUUGGUAGGCACCAUCGCAGCACCAGAUCAUGUCCAUUGGGCAAAAGCAGGAAAUGAAAAUGACGAAUCGUCUCAAUUCGCUUCGUUUAUGGCAGCCAUUGACCGGAUGGAUAUAUCCGCCUGCGGCGACGCAGUGAUCAAAAGGGUCAAAGAUAUUGAAAUUUUGGCCCGGAAAUGGCAAAAGGAGGCCCGUGGAUGCCGUGAAAAAUAUCACCGUGUCCAAAACGAAGCCCAUGAUAAGAUCGCCUACCGAUCUUUCAAAGAGGGAGACCUUGCACUCUUCCUUCCCACUCGCAACCAAGAAAUUCGGUCAUGGGCCGCCUUCAAUGUGGGAGCACCUCACUAUUUCCUUCGGGAACAAGAGGUUCAUAAACUCCAUACGCGGGAUUGGCUCCUUGCUCGAAUCACCAAGGUGCAGGAGAGGGUAGUCGACCUUUCGAAAUCCAUGAACGGGACAAAUCAAGACCGUCUUUCAACGGGAGGAAAUGAUGGUGCAUCCAUUGAAGACGACAAUCCUUUUGAGCUUUCGGAUGGCUUACGAUGGUACCUCCUAGAUGCAUCAGAGGAGAAACCACGAGCUCCCAGCACUCCAGGCCUCGGGAAGAGUACAGUUGCUUCUGCACACGUGGAUGCAAAGGGGAGUAUCCGGCUGAAACGAACGACUUAUGGCGGAGGAGCUACUAAAACCCUAUCAAAGAGCUUGGAUAGCAGACGAAACAGUUCGGCAUCAAGAAAUGGGGCACCUAUACCUACGCUUCAGCCAGCAACAACAAGUGAAACCGUAGUGCCAUCAGACGUUGACCAAGGUGCGGAGAGCCGCAGGGAGGAGGCACAAAUAUUUAACGAGGUUCGCAGAGAUCUGUUAUCAGGUCCCUCACAUGAAUCAAGAUAG